AUGAAGCCAAAUACUCUUUUAAAUAGAGUUUUAAGAGCUAGAUAUGGGGAUGUACUGUGGAAUGGUAUAUAUCGCAACAAUCCCUCCUCGACAUGGAAGAUAAUUCAGAACGGUGCUGAUUUUUUAUUUCCGGUGCUCAGAUGGAGUAUUUCAAAUGGAGAGUAUGUUGAUACUUUCAAAGAUAUAUGGAUUCUUGAUAAAACUCUAGAUAAAUGGUCUACCUUUGUCUCUAUUAUAGAAAAUAAUUACAACAAAGUUUCUGAUUUCAUUACAAAUGGCAGUUGGGACAUUGAUAAAUUAAAAUUUUGUUUUGGCAAAUUACUGAUUGAUUUAAUCCUGUCUAUUCCGAUUCAUUCAAGCCAACCUGAAGACAAAAUGGAAUGUAUCAAAAAGAUCUCUGGAAAAUCUGUUGCAGCUAUUAUCUAUGAAAAGAAAUUUAAUGCUAUCAGCGAAGAUGAAACUUAUAAAUGGAGAAAAAAAUUAAAGUUAAAACCAAAAAUCGAUAUGUUCUGGUGGAGAAUUAGUAAAAAUUCCAUUCCUACCUUUGCCUUGCUCUCUUACAGGAGGUUAAUAAAUCAUGAAGGAUGUCCUAGAGGAUGCUUGGAUACAGAGAAUACAGACCAUAUUGUUAGAAGAUGUUUUUUUAUAAAUAAGGUUUUUAAAUUACUGGAGGAAUGGAAUUUCGGUACUCCAGAGUUUGAUUCGGUGGAGGAUUGUUAUCAGGUUUUAAGCAGGUUGGCUAACAUCAAUCCUUUUUUAGGAAAUCUUAUUUGCUCUGUUAUUUUCUACUGCUAUAAAAGUAGAAAUCAAUUGAUUCACGGUGGAUGUGAUGAUAGCUGCUAUGUCAUAGCUUAUAGAGCUGUUAUCCAAUCUAUUUCUUCAUUUAAAAAUGGCUUAAUCCGUGAGAACUGGAAUGCCAAUCAGCUUUUUAAGCUGUCUAAAUCCUCUUGGCUUCCUCCUCCUCUGGGUUGGAUCAAAGUGAACGUGGAUGCUUCUAUUUUUCUCAACAAUAGUACUGGCAUUGAAGGUAUUUUCAGAGACUAUAAAGGAAGAGGUUUAGCUGCUUUUGGAUUUCAUACUAUUCAUUGGGAUAUUGCGCAAAAGGAACUUUUAGCUAUUCUAUCUUUGAGGGAUCUUAUUAAAGAUUGGAUGCUUGAAGCCAAAGGUGAAAUGAUAAUACUAAAUGCUGAAGACUUGAAGAAAAAUGGCUUAGUUGGUGAUAGAGCAAUGACUUAA